AUGUUUGCGCUUAAUCUUGCUGACGGCAAAGAAAAUUGUUCUAUAAAGUCUACAAAUGAGCUCCUGCUACUUAGAAUCUGGGUGUGGAACGCCACGGCGUCGUCGGUGGAGGGCCGCGGUGCGGGCGGGGCGGACGAUCCCGCGCCCUCGCCCGCGCCCGACGCGGAGGCGCCUGUUCGCCGUCGCCGCCACCGCCCGCUAUAUCGCCGACUCUUCCACUAUGUCCGCACCGCGUGGACUGGCGUCAAGUUUGCAUUAGGUCUCACAGCGCAGUCAGAAAAUUCGGAACUCGAGGAGCUGGGUGAACAGUUGCCGCGGUACCGGCCAGAUUCCAUAGCAGCGCUCCGAAGGGCCACCAGGUUCACAGAGCCAGAACUAAAACGUCUCUACCGGGGCUUCAAGGCAGAAUGUCCCACUGGUGUCGUGAAAGAGGAAACCUUUAAGCUUAUCUACUCUCAGUUCUUUCCGCAAGGAGCAAACACUGCCCAGUACGCGCAUUUCGUUUUCAACACGCUGGACCAAGACAGAAGUGGCCUGUUAAGUUUUGAGGAGUUUGUAACCGGCUUAUCAAUACUAUCGAGAGGGACCUUAGAAGAAAAGUUACGAUGGACGUUUUCACUGUACGACAUCAAUGGAGACGGGUGUAUCACCAAGGAUGAAAUGACGGAGAUUGUCACCGCCAUUUAUGAUCUGAUGGGGAAGAUAGUGGAGCCAAUGCUGGAAGACGAUGUGAUACGAGAGAAGGUUGAAAGAUUGUUUCAGAAAAUGGACUUGAACCGCGACGGAGUGCUGACGCUAGACGAGUUUCUUGAUUGCUGUCUCCGCGACGAAGACAUCUCGAGGUCGAUGGGUGUAUUCGACAGCAACUUCUGACGGCCUGCGGUCGGCGCGCGCGCUUCCACGUGCCGCGUCCCCUGACAUCACGCUCUAUCUCCCACUACGUCAUUUUGUACAUAACGAUGAACCUGCAAUUCUUCAUCAGCCAAUUGAUACGUACGCAAAUAAUGAAAGUAGUUAGGAAAACGAAUGUUAGUAGUGCGGUAUUAUACCACUCGGUGUCAUAGAUUUUGUGUAACCAAUCAGAUAGCCACCCCCUAUAAUUGUUAAUACCAGACCAAUUUAAGAAUGACGUAAAGAAAGAUACACGCUGUAUCUUUGAUUGAAUUACGAUGUUAUUGUAAAAAGAAAUGCCUUAUUUGUAAGAAGCUUUAGCGAAGAAAAUACUGGACUCAUAGAAAUGACGCCAGUUGCUAUGUGUGUAACAAGAAAUGUGGACUUGUUUUGUAUGUAAUAGGUGUGACAUCAACAAGGAAUGAUGCGCGGCUUAUUUUGUACUAAUAACUAUGUUAGGACCUUUACCAAUUUAGUAGAAUUAAGUGUCCAGUUAAGAACUUGUUAUAAUUCCAAUAAUUAUAGUUUUAUCGUAUAUUCUAGCGGUAUUCUUGUCUUCAAUGGGCAAUUUGUUAGACCCUCGCUAGUUUAGUCAGCUCUAACUGGCUUUGUAUCUUAACAUUCCUCUGACCGGGCUAACAAUACCGUCUGUACUAUUGCAAGCCUUUUUAAUUUUUAUUAUUCGCCGAGAAUAUAUGUAGAUAAACCAUUCUUCCUGCAUAGUUGACUAGUUCUUGAACCCGAAUUGUCAUUAUAAAAUCUAUUCUAUGAAUAUUUUAAUAGAUGUAUUACACAAGAUUUUAAUAGUAACUUUAACCAAGGCGUUCUACCUAUUAGAAAAAUUCUAAGAUAAUCUAAAUCUAAAAUACCUAUAUAGUAUUUUAUCUGACGAUCUCUGUAUUCAAAAUGGUAGUUCUACGUGAUUAUCACUGAUAAUAAUUAAAUUUAAAACUAAAUAUUUUAAUGCUGUUCAACUAGAUAUUAUAGAAAUUUCUUCUUAUAAUGUGGAUCAAACAUAUAAUAUGAUAAAAAAUAAUUGGUUAAAACGUGCCAUCCAUACGUAAAAUAGAAACUACCUACCUAUAUUUUCAAACUCGUUUUCAAAAGAAUUUUAACACAAUUUUCCAAUUAGUAUAAUAAUACUUAAUAAACAAUAGAUCAUUAUCCUUUGUUCGCACUAUGCUUGUAUUUUAGUCGAGUGGCGAGUAUUUAGUAGACUUCUCUCGCUUCUGUCCCAAAAUCGAAGCGAGAGAGAACUAUUAAAAACUCGCCACUCGACUAAAAUACUAGCGCAGUGCGAACAAAGCUUUAGUGAUAAUGGAGGAAGUAAUGAGACGGACAUAGCUUUUCCGACCAGUAAUUUGUGGGGCCUAAUAGACAGAGAAUGCAUUAAAGAAGUAUUCGCAAAAAAACACGAAAAUAGUGGUACCUAAUAUGCGUAUUUCUUGAGACAUUACUUACAAUAAAUGGAUAAUCACAUUUCUCGACAUCUUUAUAAAUUAAAAUUAAUUCUUCAAAUCGAUCAAAAACUUACUUUCCUUAAUUUUAAAUUGUUCCGGCCAUUUUUCAUAGUAUUUAGAAUAAUAUUUCCUUUAAGAUAUUUUAUAGUAUGCAUACCUACCGUUACCGUACCUACUUAUAAGUAUUAAAAAAAUGUAACGCUGAUUACUAAUCUUACCUAAAUAUUUCCAAGCUUUUUAUAGAUACUUUCAAUCUCAAUUGCUUGUUUUAAAAAUACUACUCAUCUCACUAGCUAGAGAGAUGACAAGUUAAACCGUAGCUAGCAAUAACCAAAUUGAAUAGAAAAUAAAUUCUUUGCAAAAAGAGUCUUAAAAACACUGCCAUAAAGUCUCCUAAUUAUCCUAAUAAAUCGAUUUCAUACACUUUUCUGUUUUAACUCUACUUAUUUCUUAAUUUUUAAAACUACUGUUUAUUCUACAUACUACAUUUUAUUUUUGUAUAUCAACUUCAUCUCAAUAUUGUUUGAAUAAUAAACCUCUACUUCUCACUGUCUCUUACUUCAAAAAUAACGAUAUUUUCUAAAGAAGAUACCAUGAAUGUAAAUAUACUUUGUAAAUACCGAUAUUAUAGAUUUUUAACGUGUAUAUUUUCAUAGUAAAUGUUAAAUGGAACCAAAUAACUAGUGGCAUUAAAUAACAUCGUAUUUUAAUAUAGAGAAAUCACUAUUAUAAAAUGACACGCAAAUAAUACCAGCACUAAAAUUAUUAAUAUUAUGUAAUGUGAUUAAAAGGUGAUGAAAUAAUAAAUCUAAAUGAUGUUAAGGUAUUUUAUGUUUGAUAAUAAAUUAAUACGAAAUAGUUACCUACACUUUAGACGACCACAUUGUGCUUAGAACGUUAUAGCUAACGACAUCACGUGGAAAUAUUUUCAUGUAAAUUUUAAACAUUGUUUUAUUGGUCGAGCUUACAUAGGUAAGGUUUAUGUGUGUCUUCCCAAUAAUACCGUUACGUUCAAACUAUCUUACCAACCACUUUGAUAAGCCCCUACCCCUAAAGUUAUGUAUACCUAGUAUGAUAUUAUAUUACCGUUGUCAAAAAUUCGUUACAAUAACAACCAUCACGCCUGUAAUGCCCAAAGGGUUUGGCUGAGGUUAUAGCUACUGUUUAUUUUUGUUUAAAAUAUAUAAAAGAUAUUUAUUAUAUAGGAUUAAAACACAAUCUUAUGAUGAAAAAUUAGAAGUUAUUAAAUUAGAUAAACAAGAAAACUAUGUAUAACUUUAAGUUCUUUCUUAAUUUACUACAGUAACUUCCAUUUACAUGUAUUUUAUUUAGUCCACGAUGAUUUAAACCUAAAAUAAAUGUCUUAGUGCCAAAAUGACCCUUAUGUAAGUGCAGCCUUGUGUAAGCUAGUCGUGUUCUAUCGUUUGUUUAAAUCCUACCUAAAAGGUUGCACCGGUUAAUAAAUUCAGAGCGUUUAAUAGGCCUAUUAGGAUGGUAAAAUAAUAUCGAUUUUGUCUUAAGGUCCAUGUACUAGUCUAAAAUCUACAGGUACUUGAUGUUAGUUAAUUUAGUAUAUAGAUGCUGUUUUGUCCCAUAGGAAUUAAUUCCGAUGAAAUGCGAUGUCAUAUUUUAUCCAAGACUUUUCCAGCGAUCGGCUUGAAGCUUGACCAUGGGCGCCGCCAGGAUUGCUUUCAGAAAUUGACAUCAGAAUUAAUGUAAGACAUUGCAAUUCCUCAAUAGCUUCUUGACGUGCAUUAUUUCAUAAAAUAUCUUUUCUUUAAAAUAACGCCGCGGCAGCCUAUGAUCUUGACAGAAUUAGUUAUUCCUAAUAUCCACGGAAAAUGAAGUACAUAUCAGUCUUUAUGUAGAUUUCUGCUAUGUCUAACAAAAGAAACAACCCACACAUUGUUUUUAAACGUAAUCAAUUAAUCAGUAUGUUAAUUUGAUGUUGUAAUUGUUGCAUAAUGAUCCAGCAUCGGUGUAAUAGUACAUUAUAGCGUGGACGUAAUGAAUAUGUUUAGGAACGAAAUCUGUACAUUAGAUAUUUGAAUAUUGAAUUGUUUAUUUACAAAUUGUAUGUGUAUUUUAUAGAAAAAUAAAUAAAUUCGAGUAA